AACACGUUCGUGUCUGGGGACUCAGCCAUAGAUCUGCUGCUGAGGUCCUCUGUGGAUACAGAUCUCCCCCUCCCACCACUUGGAGAAGACUUCAUCGCUUGUAGGUGCUGGUUUCUCUGGUGAUUGCUAGGGACAAGCUUCUUCUCUCCAUAGUGUUGGUAGAAGAUGAUGCAGGAAGAGUCAAGCUCUCCAGUCUCCCCUGCGGACAGCUUUAGCAACAGUGAGGAAGAGCUUGACAGGCAGCAGAGCAAGAGGGAAUGCAAGAAGAGGAGACCCGGUAGGAAGAAUCCAGAGGAUCCAGAAAGCCCAACCUCAGUCAAGAGGAACAAGAAGGCCAGCAGCACAGGCAGCAGCCCACAGUCUUUUGAGGAGCUACAGACCCAAAGAGUCAUGGCCAACGUCAGAGAACGCCAAAGAACUCAGUCCCUCAACGAAGCCUUCGCUGCCCUGCGCAAGAUCAUCCCCACCCUUCCCUCAGACAAACUGAGUAAAAUCCAGACCUUAAAACUGGCAUCCAGAUACAUUGACUUCCUCUGCCAGGUUUUACAGAGCGACGAGUUGGACUCCAAAAUGGCCAGCUGUAGUUAUGUGGCCCAUGAGAGGUUAAGUUAUGCCUUCUCGGUGUGGAGGAUGGAGGGAGCAUGGUCUAUGUCUGCAUCUCACUAACAAACGAGCUCACUCCAGGCUACAGACACACACACACUCAGAUGAGACUGUUUCUACAUGACAGAGGAAAUGCACAGUCUGGAGACUGAAGCUGGAUCCCUAGAAAAGCCAAAUAAACAAUCAGUGAGGAUUUCCAUGGAUUGCAGGAGAUGGUGGAGCAGACUGAGGCAGGGCAUGGGGAGCACUUACAGAGCCGAGGGCCAGGCCUGGACAGCCGUGACCACACAGCACACUGGGUGCAGGGUCACCACUAAAACUCUUUACAUUCUGAUUCCAGUCUCAACAAUUUCUAAUCUGUAUUUUUGACGAAGAAUGUUGGAAUUUGCCUUUUUUUAAAUCUUCAUUUCCAUUCCUUCUUCAUUUCCUUAUUGCAUGCAUUCCCACCAGUCGUGCCUUUGAAGCCACUUAAGAGGAACCUUCCCCGUUCUUGAACACUACUAAUGAUGAACCUUGUUGUUGUGUUUUUAUAGGAGAAAAACUUUUUUUUUUAUUUGAACUUUGGGUUUUUCUGUUCCAGCAGCUGCGUCUCUUUCCACUUCUCUGAGAUACAAAGUAACAUUUAUUUAUUUAUUGAUCCAUGUUUGUAAAAAAAAUAAUAAUAAUGCAGCUAGAUCAGGGGUCUAAUGCAUUCAUAUUUUUAUGGUUGUUUUGUAAAUAUCAUUGUAUAUUAUUUUUCUGCAAUAAAUAAAUAUGAAUGACGA